UUAACCAAGAUGGCUGCGUCCUUCACAGGCAUGAUUUGGUUUCACUGAAGUGUCAGAUAAUGUGUAGCAGUUGCAUUUUUAAGAGCUAAAAGACCACAAGGGCAGCUUUGAGAGCGGAAACAUGGAGAGGCGAGAGUUCAUGGCGUCUCUAGUGGCAGGUGGCUGUGCGGGGAUGUGUGUGGAUCUGACCCUGUUUCCACUCGACACAAUAAAGACCAGACUUCAGAGUCAGCAGGGUUUUUACAAGGCUGGAGGCUUUAGGGGCAUCUACGCUGGAGUCCCAUCUGCUGCUGUCGGCUCCUUCCCCAAUGCCGCUGCUUUCUUCGUCACCUACGAAUACACAAAGGCCCUUCUCGGCACCGGUGGAGUGUUUGCAUUACCACAUGUGGCACCUGUCACUCACAUGCUGGCCGCCUCCCUGGGAGAAGUAGUGGCGUGUCUGAUCCGGGUACCCACAGAGGUGGUCAAACAGAGGGCCCAAGCUUCCCUCUCGUCCUCUACCUACAACAUACUGCUGGCUACUCUUAGAGAAGAGGGGGUUCGAGGCUUGUACAGAGGAUAUGGCAGUACGGUUCUCAGAGAGAUCCCAUUCUCUCUGGUUCAGUUUCCGCUUUGGGAAUAUUUAAAGACUCUGUGGUCGUCGAGGCAAGGUCACACGCUCUACUCUUGGCAGUCAGCAGUGUGUGGAGCUGUUGCAGGUGCAGUAGCCGCGUUUGUUACCGCUCCUCUUGACGUGGCAAAGACCAGGAUCAUGCUCGCAAAGGCCGGCUCAACCACAGCGAGCGGCAACAUCCCACUGGUGCUCUACGAUGUGUGGAGGAGUAGGGGCAUUGCAGGUCUGUUUGCUGGCAGCAUACCGAGGAUGACCUUCAUCAGCGCGGGCGGUUUCAUCUUCCUCGGAGCCUAUGAGAAGGUCCGCCGCACUUUGCUAUAGCAGCACGACCUGUGACUGUCCUGAGUCCUGACCUGAUGGAGAGAACCAGAACAGCAGGGAAAUCGUCUCUGGAAAUGGAGGAUCCAGCAUCCUGCUGAGUCCUUUGAAAUGAGGCGGAGAGGAGACGCUCACGGGGAUGACUGCAUUACCCAGAGUGUCACAUUCAUACUUAUUGAUUAGGCACUCAAAACACCACAGAAUUUUUUGAAAUGAAGCAACACUGUAUCACCUAGGACAACGCAGUCAUUGUAGUCAGCAGUGACUGGGACCAUUUAUGUUUCACGUGUUUGUGAGAGAAUGAGUUAUGUGAUUAAAAACGAUGUCUUUGUAUCUUUCGAGUGAGGUUUAGGGCUUUCUUUGACUCUCUGGAAUUCUGCAUAGUUUAAUGAUUAUUUUAGUGUUUUCUCCUCUCUAUUGGACUAAGCCACCUGCUUUAAAGGCCCACCAGAGAGACACAGCAGUAUCUCACCAUUGUUACAAUCCUGCUGGAGCAAAGCUGACCUCAUCCACAUGCAAAAGCCUUUUCUUUGUCCUUUUUUUGUAGAAUCCCAGAACAGUAGAAGCCUUUAAUUAACAAAAUCAUGCACUUUGUCAUCUCUGGCUCUUCAGAUCUUUUAUUUAUGAAUAGAUCAGAUUUUUGAUUCGGCCACUGCUUAAGCAUUUUGCUGUCUCUCUUAUAGGUUUGUGUAAGGUUUUUUUCUUUUUAACCUUUUGUUGACCUCCUUCACAAGUAUCAGUGUCUCUUUGGAACUCAAAUGAAGUUCGACUGAACAGCAACCAAACACUCCAGAUCUGUUAUCUGCUUAUUUUGUAAAGAGAGAAAGAAGGAAUGGGCUUCAUGGGCUAGAAACCUGCUUAUAAACCAGUUGACUUUUUGAGUUUCUGAAAACGGGGUAGUUUGCAUAAAAAAUGGCUGCUUCUCUGAAAGUCUGCACUUGCUUAACAUCUCCAUGUUUUGAUGUCAAGUGCUGCACAUUAGCGGUGCUGAAAGGCAGUUAUUUUCCUCUUAUGGCAGUUGUAUGUUGUGGGACGCUCUGAGCAACUGCAUUGUCCACGAUGUACAAACAUUCAAGUCAAACAGAAUUGGAGUAAGUGAUCGACCUGAUUAGAAGUCAUGAAACUGGUAAACAUACUGAUUUUAACUUUUUCUUUUUUAAAGAUGUGUAUCUUGGUGGCUAUAUACAUCACUUGUGCUCUGAUACACUCACUGAAGGGGUCAGCACACCAGAUUUCACAAAGAAGCUUCAUUUUCUGCUCUUUCAUUUAAGCAGAUGGUUUUGAUUUUGUUUGCUGAGGUUGUGUGAUAUCAGCGGUCCAGUCCCACAGCUGAACCGAUCUGCAUGACUGGAUCAAGCGGAGGUAAGGCCGUGCAUUUUUACUCCGGCUUUGAUCUUGUUUAUUGGAGCAGCGGUUUCCAACUCCUGGACCACAGAAGUGUUGCGCGACCCGGCCACGAGGACGAGAUAUAAGAAAAGUUUGGAAAUGAAUGAGAGAAUCUCUGAGUUUCAUUUAAAUUGUUGCGUGAUGUGAUUUCCAGUGUGGCCAUUGUCAAUUUUACAAGUAUUCAUGCACCCCCUCCCUGCUCCUCAGGCUUUUAAAAGAAGAGGACAACUUAAUAAAAAAUACUCCAAUACAUCUUAUUGAAGGAUUAUUUCGCUGGCAUAUGGAAGAACAGUUAGGUAUCAGUGUGUUUUCAGUGAAUUAGCUCCUCUCAUCUGUCAGCAGCCGGUCUGGAAGGUAAAACUGCACGAAGAGACAAAUGUCCUCACAGGUGGGACUGUUUGUCAUGCUGCUUGUCACUAGGCUGUAGCACAACAAUGGUCGGAGUGUGAUUGGUGGAGGCCGCGGCCAGGGGCACGUCAAUCAUCUGGUGACAAACGUCCAUCUGGAAUGCACAUCCUGACCUUCAGUCAGACUCGACUCAAUAGCAAAUAUUUUUAACAGCCCGCAGAAGGGGAAAAAAAGCCUGCUGUCUUUGCAGCUCCAAGGAGC